AUGUCGUCCUUCACCAAGUUUGAGAUCAGCGUGAGUUUUUCCCUGGAAUCCUUAAUUUAUACUGCUUUUUCUUCUUGUUUGCUUUGUUUUGCCUCGCUGUCCCGCCCCAAACCCGCCGGCCUCGCUGUCCCGCCCCAAACCUGCCGGCCCCUAACCUGCCUUCGUUCUUGCUAACUCACCUGCUCUCUUCUAGUCUCCCGGGGACCAGGCUCUAGAUAUCCUGCAGUACCUUUUCUCCAAUGACCUAGAUGUCCCUGUUGGGCAUAUCGUUCACACAGGAAUGCUGAAUGAGAGGGGAGGAUAUGAGAAUGACUGCAGCAUAGUGAGGCUCAACAAGCGCUGGUAUAUACAGGGUUACUUUGCUGUAUCUGUAAGCUUUGUCUGGCUGUCCUCUGUGUUAUAGUAAUCUCUCCUGCGAUCUGCUGUCCUCUGUGUCGGGUGUUUGGCUGUCCUCUGUGCCGCUGUUUGUCCUGUCUGUGCCGCUGUUUGUUGUCUUCUGUGCCGCUGUUUGUUGUCUGGCUGUCCUCUGUGCCGCUGUUUGUUGUCUGGCUGUCCUCUGUGCCGCUGUUUGUUGUCUGGCUGUCCUCUGUGCCGCUGUUUGUUGUCUGGCUGCCCUCUGUGCCGCUUUGUGUUGUCUGGCUGUCCUCUGUGCCGCUUUGUGUUGUCUGGCUGUCCUCUGUGCCGCUCUGUCUUGUCUGGCUGUCCUCUGUGCCGCUCUGUCUUGUCUAGCCGUCCUCUGUGCCGCUCUGUGUUGUCUGGCCGUCCUCUGUGCCGCUCUGUGUUGUCUGACCGUCCUCUGUGCCGCUCUGUGUUGUCUGGCCGUCCUCUGUGCUGCUCUGUGUUGUCUGGCUGUCCUCUGUGCCGCUUUGUGUUGUCUGGCUGUCCUCUGUGCCGCUGUUGUUCUGGCUGACCUGUUUUGGGUUUUUUUGUCUGCAGUUUUUUCAUGAUCUCCCCGACGGAUCAGCAGGUUCACUGUUGGUCAUGGUUACGGCAGCACAUGCCCAGUGACAGUGAUUUGGUUCUAGAAGAUGUAACCUGGAAAUACACAGGUAUCAUGGUGUCUGUCAUAAACCUGCAUUCAGCCAGCACCUCACCUUCCAGCAGAGUAUUAGCUGGGAUUGCUACUUACACUGUGUAAUAUCUUUCUCUCUGCAGCGCUUAACUUGAUUGGGCCUCGUUCUAUGGAUGUGCUGUCAGAGUUAUCUUAUGCUCCAAUGACACCUGAUCACUUCCCAUCUAUGUUUUGUAAGGUAGGUGUAUUACAAACCUUAAAUGUAAAUACAGUUGCCCUAUAUUGGUCACCUCUGUGAUCUGUGGGCUUUAUAGUAAUCCCCCCCCCCCACCCCUGCUGUCUGCGGGGUGUAUAGUAAUCUCCCUCCCCGUCUGCGGGGUGUAUAGUAAUCUCCCUCCCCCUCUGCUGUCUGCGGGAUACUUCUUCAGGCUCCCUGCAUUGUUAUAGCUGUAUUCUUGAUUUGUCAGUGCAGACUUUGUAUGUUUCUUGCUGUAGUUCCUGAUAAUUCUGAUUCUCUGCAGGAGAUGAGUGUGGGGUAUGCCAAUGGUAUCCGAGUCAUGAGUAUGACGCACACAGGAGAACCUGGCUUCACCUUAUACAUUCCCAUUGAGGUGAGUGACUGUUCCAUCCAAUAAGCAAAACAUUACGUUGUCUCCUGUAGAGCCUGGGUCCUGCAUCACUACUAAACAGUUUGGAGGCUGGGCUUUAGGCAAUUUCAAACAACUUCACAGUAAUGUGUGGCCCGGCACCAAAACCACUUCAAACAGCUGAUGUGGUUAUGUUGCCUUCAUUAUUCCUUUAAACCAUUGUUUUUCAAUCGCUCAGAUUCACACACAACUACGAACACAUACACCCAGAUUCACACAAAUGCACGGACGCUCACAGAUGUAAAUGGUUAUUUUUGUUUUUUCAAUAAAAGACCAGUAAUGUAAAAAGAAAUCUAAAUAUGAUUCUAAAAUUUAAUUUUAGCCUCCUUCAAAAUGUAAACACUAUAUUGAUGUAGGAGGGUGACUUCCCUGGAGUCCAGUGAUAUACAGUCUAUCUUUCCGCAUAAGAUCACAUCCUCCCAGCGUUGCCAUGGAGAAGGGAGUAGUCUCUCUGCAUCCCAUCCCCACACUGCCUACUAGGCAGAAUUGUCCCCCUUAUCGUAGUGUGCCAGAAAUUCAGGUCAGGUUAGUAUGUCCCUUUUAACAGCAUUUGUUUGUUUUGUCCCUUAGUACGCACUACAUGUUUACAAUGAGCUGAUUAGUGUGGGGCAGAAGUACGGCAUUCGGAACGCAGGUUACUACGCCCUGAGAAGCCUACGCAUUGAAAAGUUCUUUGCAUUCUGGGGCCAGGACCUAGACGCUUUUACCACCCCCUUGGAGUGCGGGCGGGAAUUUCGAGUAAAGCUUGACAAGGUAUGGUGGAAGCUUUACCCAGUCUGUGUGUGAUGACCUGUAGGGUUAUUUCCCAGCGCAACUGACAAUUUAGCACACUGCCUUAACCCUUCAUGUACUGGUCAGAUCUGUAAUGUAGAGAGGCGGAUUCAUUGCUGUUGGUGUGUGAUCGCUUAUCCACCCAGUAAGUAAAGGGUUAACAGGUAGUUGUGAGUGCAUGUUAAAGUUACAUAUGAAGUUAAAAUUGGGAAAUCUUGAUCUGUUCUAUGUCAAAUUCCAGAAACCACACUAAGCUAAUAGCUGGUUAAUCAACUUAUUUUAUUUCUAAUAAAUUUUCUGGGUUGGUUCUGUUUCUUGAAGGGGAAACGUCACCAUAGAAAAUGGCGUGAAAGACAGAAUGCUGGACACCUAGCUCAGACAUUUCAGUUUGUGUCAGGAUAACGUUGUAUGAGCAAGGGUUAAUCCAAUAUCCACAGCCCAGUGAGGAGUAACUUACUGAUGUAUAAUGCACAGAUUGUCAGGAUAGAUACUCGCUGCUGUUUUCUGUCUGUUGAUUGGAAUUGUUUCUGCAGGGAUAUGACUUCAUUGGCCGGGACGCAUUGCUACACCAGCGAGAGGAGGGAGUGUUCAAACGGUUCACAAUGUUCAUUCUUGAAGAUCAUGAUACAGACCUAGAUCUCUGGCCCUGGUGGGGGGAACCUAUCUACCGCAAUGGAGAACACGUUGGUAAGACCACCAGCAGUGCUUACAGCUACACGCUGGGCAGACAUGUGUGCCUGGGCUUCAUCCACAGCACCAAGCCUAUAAACCCCGACUUCAUCAAUCGAGGAGAGUAUCACAUCGAGAUUGCCGGCCAGAGGUUCCAAGCAAAAGCUAAAUUGUACCCAUUUAGUUCCUUGUUCACCCAGAGGCGCAGGAAGGAAGAUCUGGAGGUGGGAUACUAA